UCCGCACUUCCGCGUCCACGCACUUCCGGGUUUGAUUUUCCAUUGCGCUGAGCAGGAACAAAACUAAAUGCUAGCGAGUCACUUAGUUGUAAGCAGUUAGCAUUUGGGAAUGAUUGUCAGACCUUGCCUGAAAGAGCUGCGUUUGAUGAACUAGGAUGGGAAGUAAACUGCAGUAUGUGAGCGGAAAUCUGUUUUCCUGCCCCAGGACAGACUCUCUGGCUCACUGCAUCAGCAUGGACUGCAAGAUGGGCGCAGGCAUUGCUGCAACCUUUAAAAGGAGGUUUGGAGGAGUUAAUGAACUCUUGGCACAACAGAAGCAACCAGGAGAGUGUGCAGUGCUUAAGAGAGGUGACCGGUUUGUGUACUACCUGAUUACAAAGAAUAAGUACAACCAGAAACCUACCUAUGAAACACUCAGACGAAGUUUGGAAGCAAUGAAAGCGCACUGCUUAGAAAAUGGAGUCACCAGGCUAUCAAUACCACGGAUUGGCUGUGGUUUGGACCGACUGAUUUGGACGAAUGUGUCUGUGAUCAUUGAAGAAGUCUUCCAGCACACAGAUGUAGCCAUAACUGUAUAUUCACUAAAGGCUGCAACAGACCAGGAAGAAGACGGACACUUGUAGUGUCUGGAUCAUCAUUGAAUUAUAGCACCUAUAUUUCUGUUCUUGGCUAAGGGACAACGUAGCACUGCUAGCUUGUAAAUAAUUUUCACGUCUAAUGAAUAAUUUACACAUCUAAUCAGCUUUCACAUUCUAUUCUCUGAGCCCUUGGAGUUUACAGAAGAUUAAGCAUGUUCACCACUAGAUGGUGUUAUUUGGAGUAGGUCAAGGUGUUUCUAAAGCUGAUAUUACUCUGGUUGUUCACUUUCUUCUAGUGCCAGAUUAAUUAAACCUGUGAUUGAAAAAAAAAAACCAUGUUGCAUUAUUUGUUACUUAUUUCUCCAUUCCUUCAUCCUUUUCAAAUUGUUUAUUCAACUUUUCCUCUGAAAAUAAUAAAUUUUUGUAUCUCUGAUAUUAAUUAUUAAAUAGUCAUUAAUAAAUGAAACAAAUUUAAAUAUUA